AUGGCUUGUAAACUAACCUUUUUCGCAAUUUUAUUGUGCCUCGUUGGCAUCUUGGCAAAUCCGAUUCAGCAGGACGUGGAAAGUAAUUUUAUCGAAGACGACGAGGAUUUUAUUGAUCUUUCGCAUUUGGAUGGACGUGCCUUUGGCGAUCCAGACGAAGAAGUGGGCAAAAUGUUGCAAGAAGCCCUCAAUGACACGACAGAUUUGAAUCCUGAAGAGUUGGGGUCGUACUUUGAAGGUGACAUUUUGAUGCCCAAAAUUGAGGGACGUAGUGCCUUAGCUGACAAAAGUAAGCGCUGGCCUGGCGGAGUUGUUCCAUACAUCAUUGAAGGAGGGUUUCCUUCGGCCCAGAGAUCAGUAAUUGAAUCCGCAAUUGCGGAAUAUCACGCUAAAACUUGCAUUCGUUUCGUGCCACGAACUUCUCAAUCGGAUUACGUCAUCUUCAAAGGGGACAAUUCUGGUUGUUGGUCGAGCGUUGGAAGAACUGGCGGUGCUCAAACCAUUAAUUUACAAAAAUCUGGUUGUUUAUCGAAAAAAGGAACAGCUAUGCAUGAAAUUGCUCAUGCUUUGGGUAUUUUCCACGAGCAAAAUCGCGCCGAUCGUGAUAACCAUGUGAAAAUCCGCUUUGAAAACAUUCAAAAUGGUCUUGAAGCUAACUUUGAAAAGGCUAGUCCUGGAUUGACAAACAACUAUGGAGUCCCUUACGAUUACGGAAGUGUGAUGCAUUAUUCAGCAAGUGCUUUCUCGAAGAAUGGUCAACCUACAAUCGUUGCAUUGUCAUCAAGUGCCUUUUCUGCAAGUCGUAUGGGACAACGUGAAGGAUUCAGUCAAAAUGACAUCAAACGACUGAACAACAUGUAUUGUUCAUCUUAA